AUAAAUACUCUGCAGAAUAUCUGAAAUAUAAACAGUAUCAGUUGUGAAAUCGCACAAUAAACACCUAAAAAUGAAGUACUUUCUGGUUUUAUUGGCCGGUGUCGGCUUAACGAUGGUGACCGCAGCCAACCCAAAAUUGUCGUCCCAAGAAUUCGAAGUAUUCAGUGAAUUUGAUCAAAGACUCCAAGAUUAUGGGGCGAUUGUUCGUUGUGUUAGUGAUGUUGUAACCGAAGCAGUUGCUGGAAGUGAAUUUGAAAGCGUUUGGGAAGAAACCAGAGCCAAUAUCAAACGUAUUAUCACCGUUGAAUGGGAACAAUGCUCAGCACUCGGCAGUGUUGUUGAACAAAUCAAAUGCAAAGUAGCUCUUGUUCAAGUGGGCGUUGAAUCCAUUCUCAAUUUUAGCCAACAAUUAAUUGCAGCGAAAAAAUGGGAUUUGGUUCGAAAAAUAAAAGAUAAUAUUGUUAGUAAAUGUCUUAAGAAACGUGACAAUUUCUUCGAAUUCGAUGGUCAAGUUGAACAAUUCGACACCUCAUUGGCCGAAGAAUUCAAAUGCCUUGCUGAUGUUCUCGGUAAAGUGUCGCAACUGCAUGGUUUGGAAGCAUUGUGGAAAAAGUCUCAACCACAACUGGAACACCAUAUUGGCAAAUGGAAGCAAUGCAGUAACGCUGGAAAUACAUUACUUGUCGUUCUUUGUAAUAUAAAAGAGGGCGUUGCCACUUUCUCAAUUGUCAAUGAAUACAUUAAAUUGGCAUCGGCACAAGAUGCAACAUUCAUGGCCGAUUUGAUAAAUCAAUAUAAGGAAAGUUGCGGCGCUGAAUCAAGCGGCGUUGAAAUGUUUGCAGUAGAAGGAGUAAAAGAAUGCGUUCGUAGACUUUCAAAACGAAUUAAAUGUAUCUCUGAAGCUAUUAGUGAUGCUGUCAAGGAUACAAGCUUUCAAAAAGGCUGGGAAGAAUAUAAAAAUAAUUUGGACAAACUUCGAAAUCACCUCAAAGCCUGCAAAAAUGAACCCACAACAUCCGAAGCCGCAAAAUGCAUCAGAAACGAACUCAAAUAUGCGCAUGAGAUUUUCAGCAGCUUCCUUUCUAGCGUGAAACAAACUAACAUUGAUGCUUACAACAGAAUCAUAGAAAACAUAAAAAAGAGAUGCUAUGCUUAGCUUGCUUUAUAAUAAACGAAUUUAUGCAAAAUAUGCAAAUGAAAAUAAUCGAAGCAAGGACAUAAAAAAAGUUGAUGUUA